GAGCCACAAAUUCAAGAAGGAUGGGGAACAGCUUCUAGUGGAGUUUAUUACUUCUCAGAAAACAGUGAGAUAGUGAGGCGUCGAGGCGCUGCUUUGAAAUAAAGGCAGAGAGAAAAAAAGGAGACGUGGAGGAAAAAUGCCUUUUGGUGGCUUAACAGGUUUGAAGGAGCAGUUGCUGAAGCCUGGGAAGGAGGAGGUGAAGAACACAGUGGGUGACUCUCUUGGAAAACUGCAAAGAAAAAUAGAUGGUAGUAAUGUUGAAGAAGAAGACCACAUUGAACUCACAGAGGACGGAUGUCCGGUGGCAGCGGCCCCACGUGCUGCACCACUGCUGGACUGCAGCUGUGGCGGUUUGCCCAAGCGCUACAUCAUCGCUAUUCUCAGCGGUCUGGGUUUCUGCAUCUCCUUUGGCAUCCGAUGUAACCUUGGUGUGGCUAUUGUGGAAAUGGUCAACAACAACACUGUGUAUAUCAACGGGACACCAGUGCUUCAGAAAGCUCAGUUUAACUGGGACCCAGAGACAGUGGGGCUGAUCCACGGUUCCUUCUUCUGGGGCUACAUUGUCACUCAAAUUCCUGGUGGUUUCAUUUCCAACAAGCUUUCUGCCAGCAGGGUGUUUGGAGCAGCCAUUUUCCUGACGUCAGUGCUGAAUAUGUUCAUCCCGUCAGUAGCAAGGGUGCACUAUGGCUGUGUCAUGUUUGUCCGCAUCCUGCAGGGUUUAGUGGAGGGGGUCACCUACCCAGCAUGCCAUGGGAUGUGGUCCAAAUGGGCACCACCUUUGGAAAGGAGCCGACUGGCCACCACUUCUUUCUGCGGAUCCUAUGCAGGAGCAGUGAUCGCCAUGCCUUUAGCUGGAGUGCUGGUUCAGUAUGUGGGGUGGCCUUCAGUCUUCUAUAUCUAUGGUGUUUUUGGGAUCAUAUGGUAUAUCCUGUGGCUCCUGCUGGCCUACGGGAGUCCGGCUGAACACCCCACCAUCACUGAGGAGGAGAGGACGUAUAUAGAGUCCACCAUUGGAGAAAGGAUCCACUUACAAAGUGCGACCAAGAAAUUUAAGACUCCCUGGCGUCGUUUCUUCACCUCCAUGCCUGUGUACGCCAUCAUUGUGGCCAACUUCUGCCGCAGCUGGACCUUCUACCUGCUCCUCAUCAGCCAGCCGGCAUAUUUUGAGGAGGUCUUCGGCUUUCCAAUCAGCAAGGUGGGGAUUCUGUCUGCUGUGCCACACAUGGUGAUGACCAUCAUUGUUCCUAUUGGAGGACAGCUGGCCGACUUCUUACGGAGUAAAAAAAUCAUGUCUACAACAAAUGUGAGGAAACUCAUGAACUGUGGAGGAUUUGGUAUGGAAGCUACUCUGCUGCUUGUGGUUGGAUUUUCUCACACUCGUGGGGUUGCGAUCUCCUUCCUGGUGCUCGCUGUCGGUUUCAGUGGAUUUGCCAUCUCAGGUUUUAAUGUCAAUCAUUUAGACAUCGCUCCUCGCUAUGCCAGCAUACUGAUGGGCAUUUCUAAUGGGGUGGGAACACUGUCAGGAAUGGUGUGCCCAUUAAUUGUUGGAGCUCUGACGAUACACAAGACCCGUCUGGAGUGGCAGAAUGUCUUUGUCAUUGCGGCCAUGGUGCACUACUCAGGGGUCAUCUUCUACGCUAUCUUUGCUUCAGGAGAGCAACAGGACUGGGCAAACCCUGAGAGCACAAGCGAGGAUAAAUGUGGCAUUAUUGAUGAAGACGAACUGGCUGAAGAGUCCGAGCUCAAUGUUGACAAUGUAGUGGUGCCCAAAAAGAGUUAUGGAACAACAGACAAUUCAUCUGGUCGAAAACAGGGCUGGAAAAAGAAGAGAGGGGUGACCAUGCAAGAUGAGGACGACAGGAAUCAGCAUUAUGAGAAUGGGGACUACCAGGACCGGUACCAGUAAUACACCGUGGUCCUGAAAGACUUUCAACAUAUCCAGAUCUAAGUGAGGG